GCGAGAGUGGGGAAGCAGCCGGCGAGGUGAAUUCCAUCGCUAGCACCAUGCUGGAUGUAUUCGGUUCCAUCCCCACCCAGAUGGACUACAAGGGUCAAAAACUAGCAGAACAGAUUUUUCAAGGGAUCAUUCUUGUUUCUGCAGUAAUUGGUUUUAUCUAUGGCUACGUCGCUGAACAGUUUGAUUGGGCUGUCUAUAUAGUUAUUGCUGGGUUUGCUUUAUCAUGCCUCCUAACACUCCCUCCAUGGCCUAUGUACCUGCAAUGGCUACCUGUCCAAGAGUCGGGAACAGAAGAUAAGAAGCCAUUGAGGAGAGGACUGAAAAGGCAUACUCAAAGUUGAAGAAUAUGAACCCUCAUAAUGUGAA